UCAAUUUAUUACAUAUUUAUUAUUUCUAUGAAUUCAAUAAAAAUCAUGUAAUAAUGAUUUGGAAAGUAGAAGAGAAAUGUGAUUCGUAAUGCAGUAUCAAAUAAUUUUUUGUUCAAUUCUAAUUGGCGUGGUAAAUGGUCUUUUAAAAUUCGAACCCACAAAGUAUUUGGCAAGACAUAAAAGAGAUGUAGUAGGAGCCUUAGAUAUACAUACGAAUCACGUCCAACCAAUCCAUGCUGACGUGAAGACAGAAAAAGAUGACAAUACAAAGCCAUGCCCAACAAAUCCAAUUGUCCCUCCCAUGAUCGAGUUGGGAACAGUUUUUCAGGUCAUUCCACCAAUAGAUGUACAACAUAUAGACAGGUCUUUGCAGAAAUCCUUACCCAUAACGGAUACAAUAGAUCUUGUGCGAAGCAUCAGUAGGGUGACAACACUAUUCGUACUGCUUACUUCUGCUAUAAUCGAGUUCUUUCCUCUGAUACAACAAUUGUUUUUAACUAUUUACAGUUAUGUCUACACGGGUUAAUAAAGCAUAGAUAAAUU